CGGAAAGAGUCCGCACCGGCGGAGCCGAAGAUUGGUCAAGAAGGUUGAGAUUGAUGCCUUUGUACCAGGAUUGUGGUUGCCUUCUUCAUCAUAAGCGCUUCGCCAUUUGUUUUUCUUCCUUUGGUCAAGGAAGGGACGGACAUGAACAGAGCUCUUGAGUUUCCCAGCUGCUUCUCUACUUGGGUCGUUCGAGAAUUUCUCUGUGAUUCAUGUUCAAUUCUGUCAGAGCUCGUGAGCCAAAUCUUCUCAAGAUGCAUUUCUCUAGAGUCGUUUCCGCUCUAGCAAUUGGAGCUGGUGUAGUAUCUGCCACUCUUUAUUCUGGCAGAAGCUUAAAGCAUGUUAGAAAAGCAGACAAGCACCCCGAGAUUGGACGAAGAGCUCCGGUGAUGCAGCAUUCUCGGCGUUCCACUUCGCAGUACUUGUUGAAUUCAGCAGCAAAAUACUCCGUCAAUGGCACUGCUAUCCCUGAGGUCGAGUUCGACAUCGGCGAGUCUUACGCUGGUCUGAUGCCUAUCUCAAAGACUGGCAAUGACAGCCAGCUUUAUUUUUGGUUCUUUCCCUCUGAGAACCCUGCAGCGUCUGACGAGAUCCUGAUCUGGCUCAAUGGAGGCCCAGGAUGUUCAUCUCUCGAAGGCCUUCUCCAAGAAAACGGCCCAUUCCUCUGGCAAUACGGAACAUACAAGCCCGUCCCGAACCCAUGGACUUGGGUCAAUUUGACAAAUGUUGUCUGGGUCGAACAGCCCGUUGGUACGGGAUUCUCUCAAGGCAUUCCAACAGCUACAAGUGAGACGGAUGUUGCAGAUCAGUUCUUGGGAUUCUGGGAAAAUUUUGUAGACACUUUCAGUCUGCAGGGUCAUAAAGUCUUCGUUACCGGCGAAUCUUAUGCUGGAUAUUAUGUUCCGUAUAUCGCAGAUGCUAUGCUAAACAAGAACAACACUAUGUACCACAACCUCGAAGCUACCAUGAUCUACGACCCCUCUGCAUCCUAUAAGGCAGUCCAGGAUCAGAUUCCGGCCGUCCAAUUUGUCGAUUACUGGAAAGGGCUUAUGCCGUUCAACGACUCUUUCAGCGCCCAACUACAUAGCAUGUCCGAUUCCUUCGCCUAUACCGACUAUUUGAGCACAUAUCUUACGUUCCCACCUCCCGGACCUUUCCCAACCCAACUACCUGGUACAGAUGAGGACGGAAACACUUUCGGCAAUUGCCAUGUGUUUGAUGCCAUAUAUAAUGAAGUAUUUUAUAUCAACCCAUGUUGGGACACCUAUCAGGCUCGAAGCUCUACGCUUCUCUUUAUGCUCGACUUUGCAGUGGCUACGACUUGCCCUGUACUUUGGGAUGUCCUCGGCUUUCCCGGGUCCUUUGGCUACCUUCCUGAAGGCACUAGUAUAUACUUCAAUAGAACGGACGUUCAAAAAGCUAUCAACGCUCCGAUUGGGAACUGGAACAAAUGUGCAAGCAUCAAUGUGUUUGUCAACGGUACCGACAACAGUCCUCCGUCGGGUGUGAGCGUUCUGCUAAGAGUCAUCGAGAGAAGCAAGAGGACUAUAAUUGGUCAUGGAGCGCUUGAUAUGGUGUUGAUCUCGAACGGCACACUUCUGAUGAUCCAAAAUAUGACAUGGAAUGGAGCUCAGGGUUUCGAAGUGAAACCCUCUGAUCCAUUCUACGUUCCCUAUCACCACGAUCACAGCCCAGCAACAUUUGCUGCGUCUGGCGUCCUUGGUACCACUCACACUGAGCGAGGCCUGACCUGGGUCAGCGUGGACCUUUCAGGCCAUAUGAUCCCACAAUAUGCACCAUCUGCUUCAUACAGACAUCUUGAGUUCCUAUUGGGGAGAAUCGACUCUCUCUCUAGCACAUUCCCUUUCACGACUGAUAGCUAUCCUCAACCUAACGACCCGUCACUUGGGAACGGGACUGCUCCUCCCACCAAGAAACUUCAACUCUAUUAG